AUGGCGUCUAACCCUCAAACCCUCAAACUUCUUCAUUCGUGGAAACAAAGCACCAGUUUUUCUGGUGAUACUCUUGAAUGCGUCCUGGUAGAUCAAACUGGAGCUAAAAUCCAAGCAUCAUGCAAGAGAUCUCAAAUGAAUCGUGUACAGCGUUACCUACCUGUUGGUGAAUGGAAGGUCGUUGACACCGUUAAAAUAACUGGGGCAGGAGGUCAAUAUCGACCUACAAAGCAACAGUACAAGAUGACGAUCUUAGGAGACACAUCAAUAACCCCUUCUGAUUAUCGUAAUGAUAAUCAAUUCCUUGAUCUGGCUAACUACCAGGAGAUUGUUAAUGGAAAGCUAAAACCCAAUUUCCUUAUUGAUAUCAUGGGACAAGUAACUGAUCUUGGAGCAGUAGCUACCGUCCAAGCUAAGGGGAAUGACACAAAAAGAGUUCAUUUCCGUUUACGUGAUUUAAGUGGUCAAGAGGUGGCGUGUUGCUUAUGGGGAAAAUAUGCCGAGCAGAUUGAAACACAUAUGGAAGAAACUAAUGAUGAAACUCUUAUAUGCUUGAUAAGAUUUGCAAAAAUCAGCGAGUUCAGAGGAGAAGUGCAAAUCACCAACGCGUUUGAUGCUUCACUUGUGUGUCUGAACCCAACAAUGGAGGAAGCUAUUGAUUUUAGACAGAAGUUCAAGCUUCAUUUGAUCGUCAAAGAUGACACUGAGACAUGCAGAUUAUUGCUUCUUGAUACUGUUGGGAGAACGAUUAUUGGUAGCAAAGCUGUUGAACUUUGGGAUGAUUGA